AAUGACUAAAUGACUUGUUUUUAUUUUGCCACAUCGCGUAUACAGAAUGUGGUGAUUGCGUUUCGUGUAGCCGCACACUAUCUUCUCCCUGCCCAACCCAGCUCAGCCUCCUCUUAUCUUUGAACAAUUUGAUUGCGGUGCAUUGAAGUGGAGUUUAAAUAGAUUCGAAUUAUAUUAUGUAAUUGGGUAGAACCCAAUUCAUUGGCAUCGACAGCAGCAGCAGCAGCAGUGCCAGCAAUUUGUCCCCAACCUUGGAAAUACGCAAACGUCGAUCAACAUGGAAGCCCUGGCCGUGACCCUGGAGCCUUACAAGGACCGAAUCGGGAUGAGCGCCGCCAUUAUUACGGUAGUCCAGUUCUUCAGCGGAGUUUUUGUAAUCAAUGAUAUCCGGAAGCGUGGCAGCACCGAGGGUUUUUCCGCCGGGCCGUUCCUCGGCGGAAGUGUGUUCUGCUUGCUGAACAUCCAGUUUGGACAGAUGCUGCGGGACGAUGCGAUGAUCCAGGUGAACUUCAUCGGGCUCGCGCUGAACAUCGUGUACGUGUGUGCCUUCUAUCUGUUCACGGUGGGGGCGGCAAAAACCAAGGUUUGGGGACAGAUUGGGGUUGCGGGAGCGGUUGUUGCCGGAAUUUUGUCCUACGUACAGUACGAGGAUCCGCAGUUGGUGGAGUUUAGAUUCGGCGUGAUAUUGACCGUGAUUCUGCUGCUGCUCGUCGGGAUGCCGCUGCUGGGAUUGGGAGAAAUUUUGAAGAAAAAAUGCACUGAAGGACUACCAUUCCCCAUUAUUUUUGCUGGUACUUUGGUUUCUCUGUCAUGGCUGCUGUAUGGAAUUGUGUUGAGGAACGAUUUUAUUGUGGUUCAGAAUCUCAUCGCUCUGGCCCUCUGCUCGGUACAGCUGGCACUUUUCGCAAUUUUCCCCAGCAAGCCAGCUUCGAAGGUGACCCAAAAACCCACCACCAAAAAGACUAACUAAACUAAAUAAGUACUGGACCAAGGAUAUGGCCGCGAGUUGACUUUAUCAUAUGUGGGACGAGCAGCAAUUCAACGAAACCGUUGACAAUAAUAGGAAUGUGUGUGAUGUUUUGAGGGUAAGGAUCUAAAAUUUAAUUUAGGAAAAAUUCCACGAGUUUUACAUAAAAUCACAAUAAGGUAAAGUUGAAAAACGUUAAUUUUAACUUUUUGAAAUUAAAUACAUUAAAUGUAGUCAAGUUUAAGGCUUUGCCAACAGAUUCCGUAAAAUCUGACAAUAAUAGUUUAAAUUUAAGCUAAUGUUUCUCCUUCAAAAGGUGUUGCUCAAAUUCUCAAAACAAGUUUAUCAACUAUAUUGUUAUACAUAGCUUUAAAUUUAAUAUUUCGACAAUAAAGGCUAAAUAAUUACGUAA